ACGAAAUUGUAUAAUAAUAACUAAAAGAUUCAGCUUGCUUGCGUAUUACAUGACCUUCUAUUCAUCUGCAAUAUGUAUAUGACGCAGUAACAUAAACUAAACAAUAAUCAGUCAGUUAAUUCUUCUUGAACUGAGCAGUAUUUUCUUUGUUCUCUUUGUAGAAAUAAGCGAAAAUGUAUUUAAAAUCACUGGUGUUUUGCUUUAUAUUGUGUGCAAGCUUCGGUUACACAUAUAAACCUUUGGUUCUUAUACAUGGGGUUAUGACGGGAAGUCUAAGCAUGGAGAUGAUAAUGUACAGAAUUAAAGAGAAACAUCCCGGAACUUUAAUAUACAACAUAAACAGAUUUGAAGGUUGGUCGAGCUUGGAAUCUAUGUGGCACCAAGUUUUGGAGAUAGGGAAUGAUGUAGCGAAUAUAUCAGCGCAGCAUCCCAAGGGUAUCAAUAUAAUAGGAUAUUCGCAAGGUGGGCUAAUAGCACGGGGUAUUAUUCAGACGUUUGCAAAUAUUACGGUGGAUACUUUCAUCUCUCUAAGUUCACCGCAAGCUGGUCAAUAUGGAACCGGUUUCCUUCACCUGGUUUUUCCCGGCCUUGUCAAAGAUACAGUGUAUGAGUUGUUUUACUCCAAAGUGGGCCAACACACCUCUGUAGGAAACUACUGGAACGAUCCGUAUCAUCAAACACUGUAUGAGUCAUACAGCGUGUACCUGCCUUAUAUUAAUAAUCAUUUAACAUCAGCAGAAUCCGGUAAUUUCAAAUCGAACUUACUGAAGCUGAAGAAGUUGGUGCUGAUUGGAGGACCCGACGACAACGUCAUCACGCCCUGGCAGAGCAGCCAAUUCGGCUACUACUCCGGAAACGAGACAGUGGUAGAAAUGAAAGAUCAAGCGAUCUACACAGAAGACAGGAUAGGCCUGAAGAAGUUGGAUGAUACAGGGAGAUUGCAUCUCAUCACUGUGCCAGGUGUGAACCAUUUCAGUUGGCACACUAAUGUUACUAUUGUAGAUAAUUAUUUAUUACCUCAUUUAGACUAGAUUUAUAGAGAAAAAAAGUGAAAAAGGUGAAAAAAGCUUAAUUCGAAUUUAUUUUUAAAUAUUUUUUCAAAAUCUAGAAUGCAACACACAACAUUAUUUAAUUUUAAAAGUAUAUCGCGGCGAAUAGACAAUUUUCUCAUUUUUUUUUAUUCGGAUACAUAAUUAAACUGUAGGUACAUAAAUUAUUUUAAAAAAAAUUGGCGCCAUUUUAAUAUUUUAUAAUAACAUUUAGAUGUUAUCGAUUGAGAUGUACCUAAAUGGGUACAUUAAAUAGUAUUUCAAAGAAAUAAAAUUAAAACGUACAGCGCCAUGAAUAAUACCUAUUUAGCAUUUUAGUUUUAUUGUCAUAGUACUAACAUUUUACAACGCCGUACCAUGGCGUAUCGUAGGUAUACAAGUAGAAAAAAAUUCGACAAAAGUAUUCUAGAUUUUAAAAAAAUAUUUACGUAGAAAGCGCUCAAUCGUAAUCGAGAUUUUAUUUAUGUAUCUAUUAAUUUAUUGAUUGUAACUAUAAUGUAACGAGGAGGCUAUGAAGCUUUUAUUUUUAAGUAGCCAAUUUUUUACAUAUUUUGUUUUUAAAUAUAUUUUUUUAGAUACAGUAAAUUGCUUUUACCAAACUAUAUUCAAAUAUAGAUGGUGUAAUUAGAAUUUUAUUUUUAUUCCAUGGAUAGUGCCGAAUUUAAGAGAUAAACUUUAAGGGAGAGAUAAGAUAUAAAUGUUAUAGUGCUUUAAUAAGUGUUGUGUGACAAAAUAAUAAUAAUUAAGGAAUACUCAAAUUAUAAGAAAACAAGUGAGAAUUAAACUAAAAGGUAUGUAAUUUCGUUUUCCUAAGCUUACAUUUAAAAACAUUAUCUGAUACCUUGAAAAAAAAAACAGAGCUCAAAUCUGAUAUUCCGAAAUCUAUGCCAUCUUUUAAUAAAAAAUUUAGAAUGAACAGUUUAAUGCCAGCUCCACACUGUCGUCGAACUCAGACACAUGACGACGCGAAUACGUUAACAUUGCGUACCUGGUAUGAGUGAUUUUAUUUACCCCAAUGAAAAACCAGCAAUGUAUACCGGAACUGUCAAUGUUUGGCAAACUGUUCGACGACAUUAUGGAGCCGGCAUUAAAUUCUAUAUUUACUGUCAUAAUUUUCUAUGAAUGAUAAUUAUAAUUUUGUCUUGUGGAACAUGAUUUAAACUAUUUCGAAUUAUUGAUUCUGAUUCUAUUUCAUCUAUACUAUUUAUCAGCCUGACCAAAGGUCAAAUUGUUCAUAAAAUUAAUUGAGACGGUCCAAACAUGGUCACGAUUUUCACGGUCAUGUUGAUAAUUACCUACUCUGCUUUUUUCUUACAAGUCUGAAUAAAAAUACAUAAAAAAGUUACUUUUAGUACUGGAAGUAUUGUAUAAUCUGUGCUAACUUGCUAA